GGUGACUGUGCCGUUGACGUCAGGCGGCUUUGGGUUCAUUCCUGGCUCGGGGACUCUAUUUUCAUAACAGCACGCAGUCCCGUGGAACUGGAAUAGGCGUGUCCUCUCCCCCUGACCCUCUCCCGCCCCUUGUCCCUCCGCUCACCCCCUCGCUCGCUCCCUCCCUCCGACGACAGGCGCCUUUAUAACGGCUGCACGCGGCGAGGGCGGGAUCUCCGCCCGCAGGCUCCCCCGAGCAGCCUCUUACGCGCGGGAAGCAGCGCAAAUUCACGGACCAAAGAGAAGGCGCCAGGGACCAGAAUGGCCACAACAACCUCCAGUGCCCCCCGUGGUUGCCGCAGCAGCCUGGACUACAGAUACCACAGGCUUUGUGAUUUGAGUGAAGCUUGGGGCAUCGUCCUAGAAACGUUGACCGGCGUUGGGGCUGUGACCUCGGUGGCCUUCAUGCUCGCUCUCGUGGUCCUCAUCAGCAAGGUGCAGGACUCCAACAAGCGCAAAUUGCUCCCAGUCCAGUUUCUCUUCCUCCUGGGUGUGCUGGGGAUCUUCGGCCUGACCUUCGCCUUCAUUAUCAGACUCGACAGCAGCACGGGGCCCACACGCUUCUUCCUCUUCGGCGUCCUCUUUGCGCUCUGUUUCUCCUGCCUCCUGGCUCAUGCUUGCAACUUGACAAAGCUGGUCCGCGGGAGGCAGGCCCUCUCCUUGCUGAUGAUGCUGGGCCUGGCUGUGGGCUUGAGCCUGGUGCAGGACAUCAUUGCUAUCGAAUACCUGGUCCUCACCAUGAACAGGACCAACGUCGCCAUCUUCUCUGAGCUCUCUGCUCCUCGGCGCAAUGAAGACUUUGUCAUGCUGCUCAUCUAUGUCCUCUUCUUGAUGGUGCUGACCUUCCUCACAUCCUGCCUCACCUUCUUUGGAUCCUUCACUGGCUGGAAGAGACACGGAACCCACAUCUUCUUCACCAUGCUCCUCUCCAUCGCCUGCUGGGUGGCAUGGAUCACCCUGCUCUUGAUUCCUACCCCUGGCCCCCAGUGGGAUGAUACCAUCCUCAGCACAGCCUUGGUUGCCAAUGGUUGGAUUUUCCUGUUGUUUUAUAUCAUACCUGAGCUUCGCCUGCUCACAGAGCAACAGAACCCCAUGGAUUACCCUGUUGAGGAUGCUCUUUGUAAACCUCAACUCAUGAAGCAGAGCUAUGGUGUGGAGAACAGAGCCUACACUCAAGAGGAAAUCGCUCGAGGUCAGGAAGAGCCAGGUGACACACCCUAUGCCCCUUAUUCCACCCAUUUUCAGCUUCAGAAUCGGACUCCCCCAAAGGAUUUCUCCAUUCCACGGGCCCAUUAUGAUGUCAGCCCUUACAAUGAUUACAAAGGAAGGAAAGAUGGCAGUUAACUGUUCUGAAGAGUGGGACUAACACAGCAAGUCAGCAGAACCAGCGGGGAAUUCAAAAGGACGUGGGCUAAAUCCGAGUCUUCUAUGGAAGCUGUUCAAAACGUUAUGGGAAGACCUUGCCUCCCUGACAGCCUCAACCACUGUUCUUCUGUUCUGGAGUUGACGGGGGCUAAUUACACUCCAGUUCUUAGCAGCACUGUAGUGUUUUUCCUUUGUCCCAUCCUUAGGAUACUUCUUUUAAGUGGGGUCUCAGACACCUCAGGGUUAGCCUCUUACUGUUCCCUGUCAUUUGACGUGUGACUAAAGCUCUGGUCAUCUGACCAAAUCCUGGCUCAUUCAGCUUCAGGAGCCGACUCCUCCACUCAAGGCUGGUUUUGUGCAGAUCACUUGGCCUAGAGCAGAACUGCACAUCUGAGCAAAAAUAGCCAAGGCCUGUCUCUCAGCCCUGCCCCGCCUAAAGCUACACUGGAAGCCAACUUACUGGCACCCUCCUUUCUUGCCUGGGUGGGAGAUGCUAAAGGUCACUGUACAUUUACUCAUCUCUGUGGUGCUGCCUAACGCAGGGGCUCCAUGUGUCCCCAGCACCAAUUCACAGGUCACCCCUCUCUUCUCACAGCCUUCCUGAACUUGCUGUCCGUCCCCAGACCUAAUCUCCCCUCUGUGCUUUACCAGGGGUUCUCCCUCUGGGCCUUACAAGUGUCAACAGGUCCAAUUUCUCUUUGCCAGAAGGAUUGGUGCACUGUUCUUGCUAUAAAUUCUUCUCCCAUCCCCGUGCUCCUCCGCCUCUGUAAAUAGAUUCACACUGUCGUCACCUCCUGCGUUCCAUAAGUGGGCAUUGUCCACGAAUGGGGAGUAUUCCUUGUCUAAUAAGUUAUUCACUGUUCCUCUCCUGGAGAUGCAAUAAAGAUGGGUGGCAGCUCCUUCA